CUGCAGGAGAAAGAAGCUUCACGAUGAGCGGAAGAGGAAAAACCGGCGGCAAGGCUCGCGCUAAGGCCAAGAGUCGUUCAUCUCGCGCCGGGCUCCAGUUCCCGGUCGGCCGCGUGCACAGGCUGCUCCGCAAGGGGAACUACGCCGAGCGGGUCGGCGCCGGAGCCCCGGUGUACCUGGCCGCCGUGCUGGAGUACCUGACCGCUGAGAUCCUCGAGCUGGCCGGGAACGCCGCGCGCGACAACAAGAAGACCCGCAUUAUCCCGCGUCACCUGCAGCUGGCCGUCCGCAACGACGAGGAGCUCAACAAGCUGCUGGGCAGAGUGACCAUCGCUCAGGGCGGCGUGCUGCCCAACAUCCAGGCCGUGCUGCUGCCCAAGAAGACCGAGAAGCAGGCCAAGGCCAAGUAGAGCCCAACACACACCAACACACUCAAAGGCUCUUUUAAGAGCCACACACUCCUUCAAGAGCGUCUCCUGCUGUUUUUCUCAAGUACAAAUGAAAAGUAUAGGCUACUGGUGUUACCGUGGGGAUGGGCGAUGGAAAGUACAAUUGCAAUAUUUCAAACAACUCUAUGUAUUCUUUUAUUCGCGCUCAUGUUCGACUUAAAAUGAUUUGAUCUGAGCGCCUAAAUAAAGCCCAACCCCUUUCACUGUGCCGUUGUCUUUCUACCGCCAAUGUGACAUAAUUAUUCUAAU